AAAGGAAACAGCAACAAAUACAACAAUCUAAAAGAAUAGAACCCAAAAAUAUAUUCUAAAAACAGAUAAUAGCUACUGAAACUGCAGUCGUGUCACAAAUAAACGCGAUAAAAAAUCAACAGAAAAGUGAAAAAUUGCUAAACUUUUUUUAAAAAGAUUUUUUUACAAGUUUACAAAUAAAAAACGAAAAUGGCUGAUGAACAACAACCUAAUUUAUUGGCUGGACAUCCACCGGCAGUUAAGGCUGGUGGCAUGCGUAUUGUCCAACAUAAAACACCCAAUGCGGAACGUCCUGCCAAAGAUGCCGAAGAUUGCACUGGUUUAACUCAACCUGUUAAUGUGAAUGCCAUGUCGGUGAGUGGUGCUCCUGUUAAGGGUAAUUCAGACUAUACGCCUCAAGCAGCCCAGGUGGCUCAUCAAGCCAAACCACCAGCACAUGUUGCUACUAAGCCUCAAAUUAACAUACAACAACCACGUAAAUGAACUGUCUUAUGAGUAUGAUGAGUACUUAAGUUACUGGUCAUCAUCAUGGUCGGUCGGUGGGUCCUUCUCUACUAUUAGCAUCCUACUUUAAGAAGUUAAACUUCACUUUUUUAUUUUCUUUUUGUUUGCUUAGAUGUUUUGGAAACAAGUCAUUUAAUUAAGUAAUACUUACAUUCCCUUUUUUUAUAUUAUUUCUUAAUAUAUUAAAUUUUUUUUCAUAACAUCAAUGUUUUGUGUCUUUUCUAGCUUUUUUUUCUUUGUUUUAUUAAAAAUUGCAUUUUUUUCAAUGUU